GGGCUCACAGAGGUCUUCAGCGAGUGCUGGAUACGCCAGAAGAAGUGGAGCAUCAAGGGCGGCCAUGACACUAGGGACGCGGGCGGCCUCGCUGGCCCAGAGCUUGCCUCGGCCUUGCCCGCGCCCGCUGCGGGGAGUUCGACUGGCGGCAAGCGGGGUGGAGAUGCGAUCGAGGGUGCCGAGCAGAAGAAGCAGAAGGCUCUCCCCGCGGCUGCGUCGAGCUCGAGGCCGUCAGCAGAGGGCGGCGCGGCAGCAGCAGCAGAGGCAGCCUCAGCGUCGGCGGGGGGCCCAGGUGCUGCUGGCGCUGGCCCAGAUGCUGCCGGCGCAGGUGCUGCUGGUGCUGCAGGGGAGCCCACAGGCGGUGAAAAGGGCAAGCGUGGCGGUCGCGGCGGAGCGCGUGAGAAGACAGCGAUCGACAUGCUGAUGGGCAAGCUCAGAAUGCUGAAGUCCAAGUACGACGGGGUGACGAGCCAGGCGCACUCUGUGAUGAACUCUGUCCAAGUGGACCCUGAUUGGCGGUGGUGCAGUCGCACCAACGGUGACGCCCAGUUGAAGGCCUGCAUGGACACGCUGAGCGCGAAGAUCGCGGCCGACAUCAACGUCUCGCGCGCUUUGACCCUGAAGCUGCAGUCCUUCAAGCAGCAGAUGUCUUCGGACGCUGCGCUGGAGGUCGCGCUGAAGAACGCUUUGGGGCUGGAGAAGGAGAUCGAUGACGUGGAUGAGGAGACGAAGACGCUGUUCGCCUUCCACGAGGUGAAGAUGAAGGCCCUCAAAGCAAAGGCUGACGCUGCAGGGGGGGCCAGUGAGAAGAAGCCGACGACCAAGAAGCGCAAG